AUGUAAACAAAUGAUAAAAAGGAAUCUAAAAGUAGGAUACUUAUUGAACUAAUAAAUAAUUACUAAAAACCUGUUCAAGAAAAGAUGCUUUUGGAAAAAUCUAAAUUAAAAUCAAUUUAAAAAAUAGAGGAAAGGUUUAUCAAGAGUGAAACAAACAAACAGUAUGUAUUUCCUCGAAAAGAAGAAAAGGAAGAAGAAUACAAAGAAUCACCAAAAUAACAAUAGUAAUUGAUUUCACUUGAUAAUAUAACAAAUACUAAGGUCUUUAAAGAAUUGAUGAAUAAAAUUUAUCAAACUAAUACUUCAAAGCAGAAACCAAAAAAUUAUCAACAAACAGAAUUCAUCAAAAAGCAAUAUUUUAUUCAAUCAUAAUUGAUAAAAAAUUCAAAUCAAAAAUAGUAAAAUUAAAUUAAAACUGAAAUAUCUGAUACCAAAUAAAAUAGACAAAAUAAUAAUUCCAGUUUAAAACAAAUGUCAAUAAAUCAAUCAAGAGGAUAAUCACCAAAUAAUAAACUUCAAUAUUCUAAUAGAUCAAUUAGUUCAUAAAUGACAAAAUUUUUAAAACAAAAAAAAAAUUGUCUUAUUGAAAGUUAGGAUUAAAACUCACAAAGAAGUUUUGAGUUGAAACAGUAAUUAUUAAGUAAAUCAUAAAUAAAGUUAUAACAAAAUAAAAGCUUUGAUUUUUUGAAAUAAUUUUACAUAAUGAAAUAGAAAAAAUGA